AUGGCCAAUUUGCCCUCUAAAAAGAGGCUUUUGCAGCUAAAAAGCACUGCAUGCCGUAUAUUUGGCAGUAUUUUUAAUCCUAAAGGCUUAAGAAUAGGGACUCGUGUGCUUUUCCGGCGAUUUCCGGGACCAACUAUUUCUCAAUAUUAUUCAAGGCUUAAUAUACCUCCAAAAGUGCUUAUUCGUGCGUUUCCGGACAUGAAUUUAGUUGAUCCGGACGAGGCAAUGCGUAUAGAAUGGGUAGAAAGGCAAGUAGCAAGAAAACGGCGUGGAAAAGGGCCUCCGCCUAAAUCUAACGAAAAUUGUCUCAAAAUCCAGGAAAAAAUGAAGAAAUUUGAGGGAGUUUAUGUAACAACAAAUAAUUGA